AUGCCAGCUGCCGAGGUCACCAUCGACGCUCGUCUGUUCCACAGGAGGGCCAGAGGCCUCGUGAACCAUUGGCGAAACUCCAAUGGCCCUGAGGACUCUUUUCAAAACGUCGGUACACUACUCGUCAUUCUGGGUAACAUCGGCGAAGAGGACAAUAUUUACCAAAAGACCACUGCGAUGCAGACAUGGCUCUUCGGAUAUGAGCUCACCCAGACGCUCAUGUUGUUCACCCCAGACACUCUGCAUGUCGUCACAGGAGGCAACAAAGCCAAGAUCCUGGAGACAUUAAAACAGUGGGAGGGCCCUCAGUUCCCAAUCGAACUACAUGUUCGUGGCAAAGACGAGGCCCACAACGAGGAGGUCCUCAAGAGACUGGUGAAGAUUAUUGCCAGUCAUGGAGAUCGCGUUGGAGUUUUCGCAAAGGAUACGCAGAGGGGAGCAUUUGCAGCAUCGUGGAAGGCAGCCUUAGAUAGCUCGGAUAAGCCUAUUGAGAGCGUCGACAUGUCUACGGGCGUUGCCGAGGUCUUUGCUAUUAAGGAUGACGAAGAACUGAGAUCCACCAAGAUGGCUGCCAAGCUGAGUUCAUUGGUCAUGAGGAAUUAUUUCAUUGAAGAGAUGUCCAAGAUCAUUGACGAGGAACGCAAGAUCACACACGAGAAGCUGGCAGACAAAAUGGAGGCCGCUCUUAUGGAUGAGAAAAUGUACAAGCAACUGAAGUUCCCUGCGGAUGUAAGGAACCCAGAGUGGUGCUACACCCCGAUCAUUCAGAGCGGCGGCGAUUACGACUUGAAGACAUCCGCGGUUUCGAACGAGAAGGAACUGCAUGCAGGCGCUAUCAUCUGUUCUCUGGGAGUGCGUUACAGAUCGUACUGCUCCAACAUCGGCCGCACGUUCCUCAUUGACGCCAAUAAGACUCAGGAGAAGAAUUACGCAUUUCUCUUGGAUGUCCAGCGCAAGGUGCUUGAUGCAAUGAAGGAGGGCGUCUUGAUCAAGGAUGUCUUCAACCGUGCAGUCGAUUUUAUCCGUAACAGGAGACCCGAUCUUGAAAAGAAGUUUGUCAAAAACCUUGGAUUUGGUACCGGUCUCGAGUUUCGCGAGUCGAGCUAUCUUUUGAACGGCAAAAACACCAAGGAGCUUCAGAGCGAUAUGAUUUUCAGUUUGUCUGUUGGUUUCCAGGAUAUCGAAAACCCAAAGGCAACUGAUGAGAAGUCUAAGAAAUACUCGCUUCUUUUGGUUGACACUAUCAGGAUCACGACAGAGGCGCCCCAAAUCUUGACGAGUUGUGAUACCAGCUUCGAUGACAUCUCGUAUAUCCUGAAGGAUGUAGCAGAGGAGGAAGAGGAACCCGUCAAAAAGGAACAGCCUAACAGCCAACGCACAGCCAAAUCUGCAGUUCUCAACACAAAGUUCCGUAGCGAGCAGGAGGAGGCGAGCAAGGAUCAGGCGCGGAAGGAGCAUCAAAAGAUGCUGGCGGAACAAAAGCAUGCCGAGGGUCUCGAGCGGUAUGGUGAUGCUGGUAGCCUAAAGAAGGACAAUCAAAAGAGUGUCUUCCGCAAGUUUGAGAGUUACAAACGCGAGUCAGCCUUACCUAAGGAAGUCAGCAGUCUCAGGAUUGUGGUCGACCAGAGGAACGAUACGCUGGUUCUGCCUAUCUACGGGCUUGCUGUCCCAUUCCACAUUUCGACUCUUCAGAAAGUCACGAAGACGGACGAGGGCGAGUUCUUUUACCUGCGUCUCAAUUUUAUCACACCCGGACAGCCCGGAAAGAAGGAUGACACUCCCUUCGACGACCCCAACGCCAACUUUGUACGGGCACUGUCAUUCCGCAGUGCCGAUGGCGCGAGAAUGUCGGAGAUCUACAACCAAAUCAUGGAGAUGAAGAAGAAUGCGGUCAAGAAGGAGUCGGAGCGCAAAGAAAUGGCAGAUAUCGUUGAACAGGACAAACUGAUUGAGGCCAAGGGCAAGCGCCCACCACGACUCCCCGAUGUUUUCGCUCGUCCUGGUUUGGAUGGAAAACGUCCUGGAGAACUAGAGAUUCACUCGAACGGUCUUCGCUACGUGUCGCCACUCCGGAACGAGAACAGGAUCGACAUUUUGUUUAACAACAUCAAGCACCUGUUCUUCCAACCGUGCGACGGAGAGCUAAUUGUCUUGAUUCACUGCCAGUUGAAGAAUCCGAUCCUGAUUGGAAAGAAGAAGACUGAACACGUUCAAUUCUACAGGGAGGCGUCGGAUGCGCAAUUUGAUGAGACUGGAAACCGUCGUCGCAAGUAUGUUUAUGGUGAUGAGGACGAAUUGGCCUCUGAGCAGGAGGAACGCAAGCGUCGUGCUGCUCUCAACAAGGAGUUCAAGUUGUUUGGAGAAAAGAUCACAGAGCUGAGUGAGAACAAGGUCGAGGUCGAUGUUCCUUUCCGCGACUUGGCUUUCAACGGAGUACCUUUCAGAACUAAUGUUCUCUUGAAGCCCACACAAGACUGUCUCGUACACUUGAGUGAGGCACCAUUCUUGGUUGUCACACUUGCCGACGUUGAGAUUGUACAUCUAGAGCGCGUGCAAUUCGGACUUAAGAACUUUGAUAUGGUGUUCACAUUCAAGGACUAUUUCCAGCAACCCAUCCACAUCAACACUAUUCCCAUGUCGCAACUGGAUAACGUCAAAGACUGGCUGGACUCGAUGGAUAUCGUCUUUUAUGAGGGACCCGUCAACCUGAACUGGGGACCCAUCAUGAAGACUAUCCAAGAAGAUCCGGCAGAAUUCUACAGGGAAGGCGGUUGGUCAUUCUUGGCAAUCGAGUCAGAUGCGGAAGAUUCUGAUGAAUCCGGAUCAGAGUUCGAGGCGUCGGAAAGCGAUUUUGAGUCAUCUUCAUCGGAGAGCUCGUAUGCUUCGGAUGCCUCGAUGGACGACGGAUCAGAGGAGGAGGCUUCUGACGAAGAAUCUGGAGAAGACUGGGAUGCGCUGGAGGAGAAGGCCAAGAGAGGUAACGUUAACUGUCUUUGA